CAUACACGUCUCUCUCACCGCAAUGGCUUCGCGUUUGGCUAAGAGCGCCAUUGGCGCCACCCGCAUGCGACCCGCUGUCGUCGCCCGCAGCAUCCCUUCUGUCACAGCCAACCUUACGGCCGCCCGAUACAACUCCAACGUCCCGGCCGAGGAGCCCAAGAAGAAAGCCCAGUCGAUCAUCGAUGCUCUUCCUGGCAACUCGCUGGUCUCCAAGACCGCCAUUCUGUCUGCCGGCGCCGGCCUCUCCAUCGCCGCCAUCAGCAACGAGCUGUACGUGCUGAACGAAGAAACCGUCAUUGCCUUCUGUCUGCUCAGCGUCUUCACUGCGAUCGGCAAGUACGGUGGUCCCAUGUACAAGGAAUGGGCCGAGAGCCAGAGCCAGAAGUUCAAGGACAUCCUCAACACUGCUCGUGCCGACCACACCAACGCUGUCACCGCCCGCAUUGAGAACGUGCAGCAACUCGGCAGCGUUGUCGAGGUUACCAAGCAGCUGUUUGAGGUUUCCAAGGAAACCGCCAAGCUUGAGGCUCAGGCUUAUGAGCUCGAGCAGCGUACUGCCCUUGCUGCCGAGGCCAAGCAGGUUCUCGACUCCUGGGUGCGCUACGAAGGCCAAGUCAAGCAGCGUGAGCAGCGCGAGCUUGCCGAAAGCGUCAUUAGCAAGAUCCAAGAAGAGCUCAAGAACCCCAAGGUCCUCCAGCAGAUUCUUCAACAGAGUGUUGCCGAUGUUGAGCGCAUUGUGGCCAAGGCUUAGACGGGGUGCAUCCUCCAUCAUGUACAGAGCGGGAGCUACUUGUGUUGUGAUACACUGAUACACUAUACUUCUGAAUCUAAAAUAUCAAACACUUUUCUUUCUUUGUGUUCCCUAUGUUGUAUAUUAUAGAUCGAAAAUGAGGAAGUGCUGCGUUUUACUACCUACAUAAACUUAACACCAACCGCUUUACAUUCGUAUAGACGCGUUACAUAAGAUUAAUUAGGCCUAGCGUAUCCCACAAGUACACGGCACACUCGUGUAUUGCAAAGAAAAUAGCCAUUUUUGCCAUCUCUAAAUCUCAACAAAAU